AUGACCGAACCGCAACCUUCCUCCCAACCUGCGAACGUGUCACAAGAGCAGUCCUCUGUUCCGCCAUCGUCCUCCGCGCCACCACAGCCAUCGGCGGACACUGCAGAUUCGGCGAUCAAGCCCGAGCCCGACUUGGAUGCUUCCAUCGAGCAGGAUAUCGAUAUGAACGUCGAGCAGACUGGCGCGGGCGCCGUGGAUGGCGCCGGGCCGCUUGCGACGGACGUGGAUCAGCUGGGUGCGUCGUCGACGCCCAGUAAGAAGGAGACAAGUCUGCGCGAGUUUCUGGGCAAGAUGGAUGAUUAUGCGCCAAUCAUCCCCGACGCGGUCACAGCCCACUACCUCACUCUCGCCGGCCUUCCACCCCCAGGAACGGGCCCUAACCAAACGCCGCCUCAUCUCGCCCGCCUGCUCGCCCUCGCAACUCAGAAAUUCGUCUCGGAUAUCGCUGCCGAUUCAUAUCAGUUCGCUCGCAUCCGCGCCUCCAACAGCUCUUCUGCCAACAACCCAAUGGGCAGUCUGACAACCGCCGUGGGUGGUCCGGCCGGUACGGGCGCCGCGCCUGGCGGUAUUGCGGGCGGCGAUGGCAAGGGCAAUAAGGGCAACACGCACCUGGGUAUUCAGCGCCCUGGCUUCGGCGGUGGUGGCUCUGGCGGUUCUGGUCAAGGACGAACAGUGCUGACGAUGGAGGAUCUCGGCAUGGCUGUUUCGGAGUACGGCGUCACCGUGAAAAGGGGAGAAUUCUACCGGUAA